AUGUUUGUGAUAUAUACCCGUGGAGCUGCUGGAAAAUGGAUUAAGAACGGGUCUGUUACCACGGACGAGUAUUGGUGGAGUAACGUCGUUUCUCGAAAAUGCGAUCAAAAUGAUUCGGCCAAACGUCACUGUGAUCGCCUUUUCACCCGUGUGGAGUCUGUGACUACUGUUGCUGCUGUUCACGGUGAGUUAUUGGCGCGUUGUAGGAGAAUUGAAGAAGGACUGAAAAGAUGUGUACCAGCACCCGGUGGCACAGUUGGAUUUAUGCUAAACGACCACGAUAGAGGUGAAGAAGUGCUCGUGUGGAACAAUCACCGCAUAAUGAUCAAGUGGAAGUGCACGAAGACCUCAGGUGUAGUUUUACUUACUCGUAAGGAAACGACCCUUUUGUCAGUAUUUCGUACUUCGACAGCAUUUCGUAUUUGUUUCAUCGCCAUGCUACUGUCCACCGCAUCCACUCUUCAUAGUGUAAUGUUAACAGCCGAUCAACAUCAACAAAACGAGGUUGCUGCCUGUACACAAAUUGAUCUCUCAUCAGCAUCAGAGAGCGAAUUGCUAAGCUGUAGACGUCAUUAUCGCUCCUUGUUGCAAAGGCUCAACGGCGAACUAUCACGAGUAUCACGUCAGAAACGUUAUUCUCCCGUAUCAGCAUCACUACCCAAUCUGGAAUCGGCAUUUUUCAUGGAUCGUCUCAAUGCCAUACGUCUGGCGCGUGAAGAGGAGCUGAACCGUACACUUAGUGAAGCUAAUGACGAAGAAAUUCUCCAGAAACGGCGUAGACCAUUUGUUCCGAGGAGAAAUAGUACGGCUGAAGAAUGUCGCCAAUUAUCGCAACAAGAAUUGGUUACUGAACUGAAGCAGAAAGGAACAUAUAACCCAGAUCUGAUGGCAUGGGAUGCUUCUGGAAUUAUUCGUUUCUUAGAUCGUUCUAUUGGUGAUCAGUAUGAAAGACAAUCGAAAACUCGUCCAAGUGUCGAGGAAACAAUGGAGCGUAAUGUAGAGGCGCUGGAACAGAUAUUGUCGGAAUUGAAUAUUGAAUGUGACGUACGUUCACCUUCGGUGAUUUCGCGGCUGAAAAAUCUCACAUCGACGGAAAGUCGACGAACGGUUAUAUCGCCAUCCAUACGUAUGAUGGAUUCUGAACUAGAGCGAAACAAGCGUGGAACCGCUGAGAGUGUCAUCGACUCAUUGAUAGCAUCAGGGGCCGUUGAUGCUUAUACCAGAGGAGAUCUAAUAAUGCGUAAACGCCAGAAACUCAUUGGGGAUGUUCAUGUGAUACCAUUUGGGUGUGAUAAGCGAGGUAGUGAGGAAGACGGUUACUUGAGGUUGUGUGGUGCUUGUCAGGCGAUACGUCGAUUACCGGAUACAUUUUUUCCACCGUUUAUCAACGAAGUGAUGUGUGAUGAUGACAAAGCUUGUCUUUAUUUUUAUGAUUUUCGUGCGUUUGCGUUUCUUCUCAAUUCAUCUAGAGAACAACCUCAUGGAAAAUGCACGCAGAAGCAUAUGAAUUUCGUUGUAUUGAAGAACGUUGGUACAGACGACUGUCAGAUAUGGCAAAAAUUCAACCUUAAUGUACGAGUUUCCUGCGAAUGUUUUGUUGAAGGAGUUAAAGAACGCUGCACAGAAUCGGAACUAAUAUUAGCUCAUUAUCGAACAAGAGCUAAGCUUAGGCCUAUGCCUGUAAUGUUGUUGCAUAACGUUUAUGAAUUGAAGUACUCUUUUCUGGCCUGCUUAAGAGUUCUCGCAGAAUAUAAUUGUUAUAGCAUAGAAUUCAUCGUAAAACCAAUAUUUGCAGAUGAGAUGUCAUUCUUUGCAAAAUAUGUUUGA